CUGUCAGUGAACAAAUAAGAAAGUGCUGGAAGAAGUUGUGUGUUUUGAAGUGCAGUGAAGCCCGGACCGCGAUGUACAAGAACACAACGGCGCCGGACUCGGGAGGUUCCCCGCCCACAAGUACAAACGCUGACGUCGCCGUGGCCGAUAAGGAAGGUGUACCUUUGGACGAAGCUGUGGGUAAACUGCUAGAAGGUUAUGACUGGACGUUACUUCCGGUAACGCAGAAAUCGACAGCGAAGCGAAAACAGCACAUCAAGCGACCCAUGAACGCCUUCAUGGUGUGGGCGCAGGCGGCGAGGAGGAAACUGGCCGACCAGUACCCGCAGCUGCAUAACGCCGAGCUCAGCAAGACGCUGGGCAAACUCUGGAGGAUACUGAGUGAAGAGGAGAAACAGCCAUUCAUAGAGGAGGCAGAGCGACUGCGCAGUGCUCACAAGAAAGAUCACCCCGACUACAAGUACCAACCUCGCAGACGAAAACCGCCCAAAUCAUCGACAGCAGGGUGUGUGCCAUCUUCCGUCCUGACGGAUAAUGGAGACAUACCUGGCACUUCCGGAGUGAGUUCAUCGUCUUCCACAGUUGGACCAGACCCUACGCCUUCUCGGUGUCAUCGGAUGAAGCUGUGUUUGCCUGACUCGCCGCCAGGGCCCGAUUGCAGCUUCGCCAAGCUCUACGCCGAGAGGGACAUCGCAGAAACCUCGGCCAGGCAAGCGGUCAACUCGGAAGAAAUGGCGGCCCACAAGGCGUACUCCUGUGGGCACCCACAGUACCAGCUGGUAUCGGGCGGGGCGGUCGACUCCUCGGGUGGCGCAGAGAGCCACGUAAUGUCCCGACACCACCAGGGCUUCUCCCGUGCCACCGCUGGCAACUCUGGCUUUGUUUAUGGCGCUGCCGCCUCCUCGGCUCCUGCAAGUUCCGGGCUGACUGGAGGUCCUACGAGUACAACAGCAGGUUUCGGCCUGAGAUCCCCAGCCACCCCAACGGCAGGAGGGUACGUACCCGGACCAGGGAGUGAGUUCCUUCACCACCAUCAUCAUCUGCACCCAUCCCCUACUGCAGGGGCAGGCAUCGGCAAUCCGGCCCAUCACCAGGCAGCAGCUCCACCGACGAGCCCGUUCCCUGGUACUAGCUUUCCCGCAACGCAUCAUCAGGCUUUCUACCCCUACGGGCCCCCACAAGGGUCGUACUACAUGUCGCCGAGGUGAAAGAUGGGGCUGAGAAGAUAACAGAGAAUUCCUGCUGACUUGCAUAGGCUGCCAGAUGGAAGUGUUAUCUUGCAGAUCCAGCCAAGAAAUGGUGUACCAUGGUCUAAGAAAGAUCUACGCGUCUAUUUUUGUCAGAAACUUGUUUCCAGCUGCAAUUUAUUCAGUCAAGUAAAGAAGUUCAAACACUGAAUUAUGUUGAGAUUGAAGGAUUCAAAUUAGAAAUAUAGGGAUGCACAAAUAUCAGGCCUGUCGACCUUGGCCUGCAUUCCUCUCUUUUGUGGUUCUGUCACUUAAUUCAAUUUAUCUAUGACUUUCAUAUUAAAACACAGAAAACUGUAAAAACUGUGCAAAAUGUUAAAAGAUCCCCUGUGCAAAUGUUAUGAAUACGCAGUGGCGUAGUUGGUUGAGGCACUGUGCUACAAGCUGGCAGGUCACGGGUUCGAUUCCCGAUUAGGUCAUUGGAUUUUUCAGUUAACAUAAUCCUUCAAGCCACACUGUGGCCUUGGAGUCCAUUGAGCCCCUAAGCAAAGAGCGGCCGGCGCGUAAGGCUGACAACCUCACCGCAAUCUGUGAGCCGACUGUCUAGAAAAUGUGGGAGUCUCGACAUCUCACAACCAUAUUGGCCUCCACAGCCUGUUACAGGGAUAGCUUUACGUUUUUUAAAACCAAGGAAAAUAAGUGCCAUGGCAUGAAGGAGCUUUGGAGAAUGGAGGUAUAGCUCCACACAACUUCUUAACCUCAGCACCAGAUGAGGUUAAGUACGUUGGCCCCUUUAUCUUUGGAGGAUGCCUCUCUCCGUUACUCAUUGAUUAAAAGUCUGGGUGGUUUGCAGAACUAGUCUGGGCCCUGUGAAUCUCUUAUUUGUUCCAGGGAUCAAACCUCGAUUCUUCAAUAGCCCAGCCCGUAGCCUAGUUAAUAAUCUGAAAUAUUAUUUGUGGCCCUUGGAGCCCUACUGUUGUUGAUGUGAGGAAAGUGGUAAGUCAUUUGGUCUGCCUGUUAAUUUUGAAGUAAAUCAAAUAAAGGUGUUCGCUAGAUUUCUAUAUGCAGAGCAGGUACUCUCCCCUCCAGAAUGUAUUCAGAAAGCAGCUGCGAUAGCUCAGUCAGUAUAGAAACUAGACUACUGGCUGGACGAUGGAGGAAUCAGGGUUUGGUUCUUGGCAAGGUCAAGAGGUUUCUUUCCUACAUGUCCAGACUAGUUCUGGGACAUACCCAGACUCCUACCCAGUGGGUAUCAGGGGAUCUUUUCUUGCGGGUAAAGCCUAUGGGUUGUGAAGCUGACCACUCACCUCCAUCUAGUGCUUAGUUAAGAAUGCAUGGAGUUGUACAUACUUUCUCCCUUAUGUCCUUGUGUUGUAGUGCUUAAUUAAGUAUAGGGACGAGUUUAAGUAUUACUUUAUCUUUAACAUUAUCAAGAACCUGGCUUGUUAGUGCAGGUACAUGAAAAUAAUCCAAUGUUUUAAUGGUUAAUGAUGAAGUUUAGAAAAGAAAACUGUAACAUUUAUACUGUUAACUGUGUGUUUUUUGUAUGAGAAAAUUAUGCAUAAGUUUUAAGAUAGUCCUCUAGAAGUCCCUCAAAAUUAUGGAGAAGCAAUACAAAAUGUCUGCAGAAUAAUGUCAAAAAUAUAUCUGUUGAUAAAUAUUUUAAUCUCUGUAAGAAUACUCAUAUUUUAUUUUGGCUUGGUUUUGAUGUCUUUAACAUGGUUAUGGUAACCAUUGCUGCACUUUGAGACAGGAAGUGAGACCCUGCUUUCACUCGUGGAGCCUUGGACUCAAUCCUAGAUGGCCUCAUAUUAGUUUUUUGGUGGACAAUGUUUCUUCAGUUUUCCCUUGGUAAUCAUCAUGCCAACAUUGCUCAUACUGUCACUGCCUUGCAACUUGUGCAGUAGCCCUGACCAGGUAACAUAUUAUCACAGUCUCGUUCUUGAAGUAUGGGGCUUCAUUUCUGUCCUGGCACUUGACUGGUUGCAGAGUGGGGGCUAGGUAUAUGAAACUAAUUUCAAGUUACUUCAGUUUUACUUAAUGGGACUUUGUAAUAAUGAAUUUUAUUGUUGUUGCAAAAUUCUUAGGCCAUUGUAUGAAUGAAACAAACAAUAAAGAAAUUUAUUUGGAUACACAAAGACAGUAUGUAAAUGUGUUCUCUUGCCAGAGUUUAAUGUAUAUAUAUAUAUAUUUUUUUUUUAAUUUAGCGUGAGACUUGAGAUUUUAAUGCCAGUGACAGUGGAGAUUAUUGUCUCCUGAAGAUGGAGGCAGCAGGUUCCUCCAAUACAUUGGCAGUGAUGUAUCAGAUUACACAGUGUCACUUCUUCAAAAGCAGUAAUCUGAAAAAUUUUGUUUGUCUCUUCCAAAAAUUCUCCCUGAAAUUUCAUUAAACACUGUAAAGUUGUAGUUCAUUUUUCAAUGUACCGUUUCUUCACACAUGUUUCCAUUAACCUUGUAAAAUGGCAGUUGAAACUAUAGGUGUCAUCUGCUCUAACACCCAGAAACUACAUUUUGCACAUAUGACUAUAUGUAUAUGCAUUUUCUAUGAUUCUCACAAUAAACAGUCAUCAUUUUCCUAUUCAGAAUUGACCAGUUGGUUGUUCUUAUGGAGAUGCAGCAUUUCCUGUGAGGUACGAACUGAAUCCUUAAAUAUUAUUUAGAUGAAUUUAAUGCUUAAAACGGUUAAACAUGUAAUUUACUGUUAUAAACAUUAUAUAAAUAUGUACAAAAUUAUUAAUGCAUUUUUUAAUUGCAAACAGAGAAUUUUUAUUCUUAAUACAGUAUAUUAGACCAAUCUGUAUGUCACUAUAUUUAUGUAGAAUGUGGCUUAUGUAAUAUAUCAUGGAAAGAAUUUUGGUAAUUUUUGGGUCCCAUAUAAACCUAUAGAUCACAAAAACACUGUUCAUUCGUUCAUUCAUUCAUUCAUUCAUUCAUAUUUAUUUGUUCCAUAAAUCCAUAACCGGCCAAAGGCCUACAGAUGCAGAAGAAGUCAAUAAAGAUUCUUAGCACGACAAGACAAACACAAGUCAACAAUAUAUAAUACUGUAGAUAGAUUAUCCUUGAGCCUUUUUAUAUUUUAUCUUAGAAGACAUAUCAAUUUUGCUGGUGUAUUCAGCUUGUUUGGAAUGUGUGGAAGGUAUUCAAACCCGGUACAAGAAUUACUGUGAAUAUUUUUUUGAUUAAUUUUAUAGUAAAAGAUGCCAUAAAAUUAUUAACUUACAAUUUUCAGAUGAUUCUACUUUGUUUGUUGCGAACUGUUUUUUUCUAUUUGAUGUAUGUCUUGUUUUUCUGUGAGGAUAUUUUAUAACA